AAAAAGAAGCCCUAAAGGCUGUGUUCGGUCCAGUUUGGAGCGCUCAACAAGGGCUCAGGUCUGCUAUCACUUCAGCGCCAAACGUGUCUGAUAACCAUCACGAACAUGGAGGAUUUGAAGAAGAGGAAGCUGGAGGAGACCGUUGGCAACGGUGAAUUUUCGUCAGUCGAACAUUUGCGGUCUCUCCUUGAACCGCUUCCCAAGCCACAACUGGUCGAUCUCCUUGCCAGACUAGGGUCCCAGUAUCCUUCCAUUGCAGAAGAAAUAAAAAGUGUUGCCAGUGCAGAUCCUGUCAAUCGAAAGCUUUUUGUUCGUGGCUUGGCCUGGAAUACCACUUCAGAAACACUGUGUGCUACGUUUAGCGUCCAUGGCGAAAUUGAAGAAGGAGCCGUUAUCUAUGACAAAACGACAGGCAAGUCUCGUGGAUAUGGUUUCAUUACUUACAAGCAUAUGGAGUCAACUAAAGCUGCUUUAAAAGCACCUAGCAAAAUUAUUGAGGGUCGCAUGGCUGUCUGCAAUCUGGCUUGUGAGGGUCUAAGUGGAUCAAGUACAACUCCAGAUUUAGCACAGAGGAAGCUAUACAUUGGUGGGUUAUCACCAGAUAUUACAAGUGAAAUGUUGCUGAAUUUCUUUGGAAGGUAUGGUGAUAUAGAAGAAGGUUCGGUUGCCUAUGAUAAAGAUACAAAUGAAUCACGAGGGUUCGGAUUUGUUACAUAUACCACAGUCGAGGCUACAAAGAAGGCAAUAGAUGAUCCAGACAAGACCUUUGGGGGAAGGAACAUAAUUGUGAAGCUCGCCGAUUCACACAGGAACAAGAUGAUGCAGGCACAAGUACCCCCAGCUAUUCCUUCUAUGCCAUACCCAGUAGCAGCAGCUGGAUAUCCUCAACCUGGAAAACCACAUGGCGGUGUCACCCCUGUUGGCUAUGCAUAUCCCCCCCAAGCUCUUGCAUCAUAUCAUGCUUCAUAUCCUAGUCCAACGUCGGCGCAUGCUUCGUAUGCGAGCCAACCCCAAAUGCCACAUCCCCAUCAAGUGAUAGGAAAGAAAGACACUCCCGGACUCCACCUGACCACGCCUGCUGGAAUGGGAGGCUAUCCAUAUUAUAUGGCGAAACAAUAGCGCUACCGAUGUGAUUUAUGGGAGGGAUUUGGACAUUGGCAAUGGCCCUCUUGAAAUUGGGUAAUCUCUUCAUCCUUGUGUAGCUUGUUGGAGUAAUGUUAUUAGCAUCUAGAAAUAAUGCAUACUUAGUCAUUCUUAGGAUUAGAAGCAGUUGGUUCUGAGCAUGAAAAAUAUUGAACAUAUGACAGACAGAGUAUUCUUGAUCUUUCUGAAUUGCAUUUUACUCUCAUUUCCUGUUUUGAAUUUAGAAAACGGAUCUCAUAGUUACUGUUUACUGUAAGUAUUAGAUUAGAUUAGAUUAUUUGUGUUCCAUUAACAAUUUUCUUCAAGGAAGUUCUUCCAAAUUUUCUGUAA